ACUAUCGGAGAGUUGUUCCAUACCCUUUGUGAGAUGGGCUUCAGUGAGGAGCAGAUCCAGUCUGCCGUGCAGGCAGGACACUUCUCUGUGCCUGAUGCAGCUGAGUGGUGAGUCCUCCCAAACCAUAACCCUUAAAUGGACAGGCAAGGAACUAUGUUUUCCGAUGUCAAAACAGGAUGGGUAACUGACAAGUGUUGUCAAUAACUGAACAUGUCAAAUAUUUCAUGUUUUUUUCUAUGUGUUUACGUCAGGCUUUUACAAGGUGAAAAUCUGAGGCACAAGCUGGUCAAAACUCCAUCCCUGCCAGUUUCAACGGCAUUCGCUGCAUUCAACCCUCCCAAAGAUGCGGGAAGCUCUUGCCCCCCAAGCACAUCACACUCACAGACAUCGCCCAAUGACAGUAGAGGUGUGACACACCAUUAUAAUAUUUCAUCAAACAUUUGUUUUCCAUGGUUGAUUGCAUACUAUAAUGUAAUGGUCCUAUGUCUUAUUGUGCACAAAUGACCACUUGUGCUGUCUUUUGCCCCUUUUGUACAAAUCAAAUACCUGUCUUGUAAAACUUGGAGCAGCGAGUGGCUUUGCCUUGUUUCCAGCUGCAGAUACAGAGGAACUGUGUGCAGGACAGGACAUAAGGCAUCAUUUGCAGUAAAUAAUCCAAGCUUUUUGUUUCCAAGCUAAUCUCCCUUCUCAUAAUCUUCCAUUAAUGCUUAUUUGUUAUAAUAUUGUGACGACAUUGGUUACAUUUCAGUAUUUGAAGUCUUAGUGGCCAUUUGACGUAUUGCCAUCUUGCCUCAUGGAGGAGUUUUUGGAAACAUCGCAUUCGUAGUUUGAGCUACUCUAGGAAGUGACGUUUCAGGCUAACUCAGUGCUGCCCCCCUCUCAUUUAGUAUCUCAAGUUGAAGGCCGACCGGGGUACUGUAGGCUGGUGGUAGCAACUCAAUUAUCCUUAACCUCUGUGUGCGAUAAAAAAAUUAUCGGUUCAAGGACAUACAUGUGGUGUGAUAAAAGCAAUUAUUGGUACUAUGAUUGUGUAAAAGAAUAUAUAUAUAUAUAUAUAUAUAUAUAUAUAUACAGUACCAGUGAAAAGUUCGGACACACCUACUCAUUCCAGGUUUUCUUAUUUUACUAUUUUCUACAUUGUAGAAUAAUAAUGAAGACAUCAAAACUAUGAAAUAACACAUAUGGAAUCAUGUAGUAACCAAAAAACUGUUAAACAAAUCCUUUGCCUUUGACAGCUUUGCACACUCUUGGCAUUCUCUCAACCAGCUUCAUGAGGUAGUCAUCUGGAAUGCAUUUCAAUUAACAGGUGUGCCUUGUUCAAAUUAAUUUGUGAAAUGUCUUUCCUUAAUGCGUUUGAGCCAGUCAGUUGUGUUGUGACAAGGUAGGGGUGGUAUACAGAAGAUAGCCCUAUUUGGUAAAAUACCAAGUCCAUAUUAUGACAAGAACUGCUCAAAUAAGCAAAGAGAAACGACAGUCCAUCAUUACUUUAAGACAUGAAGGUCAGUUAAUACUGAAAAUUUCAAGAACUUUGAAAGUUUCUUCAAGUGCAGUCGCAAAAACCAUCAAGUGCUAUGAUGAAACUGGCUCUCGUGAGGACCGCCACAUAAUUUUUUUUUUACCUCUGCUGCAGAGGAUACGUUCAUUAGCGUUACCAGCCUCAGAAAUUGCAGCCCAAAUAAAUACUUCACAGAGUUCAAGUAACAGACACAUCUCAACAUCAACUGUUCAGAGGAGACUGCGUGAAUCAGGCCUUCAUGGUCGAAUUGCUGCAAAGAAACCACUACUAAAGGACACCAAUAAGAAGAGACUUGCUUGGGCCAAGAAACACAAGCAAUGGACAUUAGACCGGUGGAAAUCUGUCCUUUGGUCUGAUGAGUCGAAAUGAGAGAUUUAUGGUUCCAACCACCGUGUCUUCGUGAGACGCAGAGUAGGUAAACGGAUGUUCUCCGCAUGUGUAGUUCCCACCGUGAAGCAUGGAGGAGGUGUGUGGUGUGGGGGUGCUUUGCUGGUGACACUGUCUGCUAUUUAUUUAGAAUUCAAGGCACACUUAACCAGCAUGGCUACCACAGCAUUCUGCAGCGAUACGCCAUCCCAUCUGGUUUGGGCUUAGUGGAACUAUCAUUUGUUUUUCAACAGGACAAUGACCCAACACACCUCCAGGCUGUGUAAGGGCUAUUUUACCAAGAAGGAGAGUGAUGGAGUGCUGCAUCAGAUGACCUGGCCUCCACAAUCCCCUGACCUCAACCCAAUUGAGAUGGUUUGGGAUGAGUUGGACCGCAGAGUGAAGGAAAAGCAGCCAACAAGUGCUCAGCAUAUGUGGGAACUGCUUUAAGACUGUUGGAAAAGCAUUCCAGGUGAAGCUGGUUGAGAGAAUGCCAAGCGUGUGCAAAGCUGUCAUCAAGUCAAAGGGUAGCUACUUUUGAAGAAUCAAAAUAUAUUUGGAUUUGUUUAACACUGUUUUGGUUACUACAUGAUUCCAUAUGUGUUAUUUCAAAGUUUUUGUAAAAAUAAAGAAAAACCCUUGAAUGGGAAGGUGUGUCCAAACCUUUGACUGGUUGCCAUUUUCCCAUUCACCAUAAUGGGGGAUCCUACUUUCUGGAAACAGCCUACAGUACUGCGUUCGGCCUUGAACUUUGUGGCUUCAAUGAGAGGGGGCAGUGGCGGCAGAUAGCCUAGCGGUUAGAGUGUUGGGACAGUAAGCGAAAGGUUGCUUGUUUGAAUCCACAAGCCAGCAAGGCAAGGCAGUUAACCCCCACAACAACUGCUCCCCGGGCGCCAAUGUUGAUUAAGGCAGCCCCCUCACCUCUCUGAUUCAGAGGUUUAAAUGAGAAAGCCACAUUUCGGUUGAAUGCAUUCAGUUGUGCAGCUGACUAGGUGCAGUGCCUUGCAAAAGUAUUCAUCCCCCUUGGCGUUUUUCCUAUUUUGUUGCAUUACAACCUGUAUUUAAAUGUGAUUUUUAUUUGGAUUUCAUGUAAUGGACAUACACAAAAUAGUCCAAAUUGGUGAAGUGAAAUGGAAAAAACAACUUGUUUCAAAAAAUUCUGAAAAAUAAAUAACGGAAAAGUGGUGCAUGCAUAUGUAUUCACCCCCUUUGCUAUGAAGCCCUAAAUAAGAUCUGGUGCAACCAAUUACCUUCAGAAGUCACAUAAUUAGUUAGAUUGCACACAGUGUCACAUGAUCUGUCACAUGAUCUCAGUAUAUAUACACCUGUUCUGAAAGGCCCCAGAAUCUGCAACACCACUAAGCAAGGGGCACCAUGAAGACCAAGGAGCUCUCCAAACAGGUCAGGGACAAAGUUGUGGAGAAGUACAGAUCAGGGUUGGGUUAUAAAAAAAUAUCUGAAACUUUGAACAUCCCACGGAGCACCAUUAAAUCCAUUAUUAAAAAAUUGAAAAUAUGGCACCACAACAAACCUGCCAAGAGAGGGCCUCCCACCAAAACUCACGGACCAGGCAAGGAGGGCAUUAAUCAGAGAGGCAACAAAGAGACCAAAGAUAACCCUGAAGGAGCUGCAAAGCUCCACAGCGGAGAUUGGAGUAUCUGUCCAUAGGACCACUUUAAGCCGUACACUCCACAGAGCUGGGCUUUACGGAAGAGUGGUCCAAAAAAAAGCCAUUGCUUAAAGAAGAAAAUAAGCAAACACGUUUGGUGUUCGCCAAAAGUACUCUGGUCAGAUGAGACUAAAAUUGAGCUUUUUGGCCAUCAAGGAAUACGCUAUGUCUUGCGCAAACCCAACACCUCUCAUCACCCCGAGAACACCAUCCCCACAGUGAAGCAUGGUGGUGGCAGCAUCAUGCUGUGGGGAUGUUUUUCAUCGGCAGGGACUGAUAAAUUGGUCAGAAUUGAAGGAAUGAUGGAUGGCGCUAAAUACAGGGAAAUUCUUGAGGGAAACCUGUUUCAGUCUUCCAGAGAUUUGAGACUGGGACAGAGGUUCACCUUCCAGCAGGACAAUGACCCUAAGCAUACUGCUAAAGCAACUCUCGAGUGGUUUAAGGGGAAACAUUUAAAUGUCUUGGAAUGGCCUAGUCAAAGCCCAGACCUCAAUCCAAUUGAGAAUCUGUGGUAUGACUUAAAUAUUGCUGUACACCAGCGGAACCCAUCCAACUUGAAGGAGCUGGAGCAGUUUUGCCUUGAAGAAUGGGCAAACAUCCCAGUGGCUAGAUGUGCCAAGCUUAUAGAGACAUACCCCAAGAGACUUUCAGCUGUAAUUGCUGCAAAAGGUGGCUAUACAAAGUAUUAACUUAGUAUUAAUAGUUAUGCACUCUCAAGUUUUCGUUUUUUUUGUCUUAUUACUUGUUUGUUUCACAAUUAGAAAUAUUUUGCAUCUUCAAAGUGGUAGGCAUGUUGUGUAAAUCAAAUGAUAUCCCCUUUUCCAGCUGUUCUCCCCUGCCUCAGACACAUUCCUGGCUUGAAAUUGUAGCCUUAAAUAUAUAUUACUUAACUCAAGUUUUGGGCUAAACACCAACCUACUCCGGACAUAGCAUAGUAGCUAGUUAUUUGACUCUUUAUUUCAGCACAGUGACUUUUUUGUUUCUAAUGUUGUGUGUCUGAAGGCCCCUCUUUAGUUUUGGGACCCCCACAGCCAUCAAGCCCAUCCACAGACCCCCCACCGCUGGAGUCCCGUAUCAGGCAGGACAAGAGUGACUUCCAGGAGCAGCAGAGGAUGCGUGUGGCCAAUGAGGCCAGGAACGAGAGGAGGCAGAAGAAACAGGUCAGCAACACCUGCCUGAUGGAUCAGCUGAAACACACUGAGCACACACACAGCAUAGCCACAGGGUUUUCAACAUGCUAGUCUAACAUACUGCAGUGCAAACUGCCUAGUGACACAAUUUACACUGAAGAUUGGUUUAUUCAAAUGAUUGAGAUUAUAUAUUCAGCCCUUUUGCUAAAAAGUCACGCUCAGACAUGGCAUCCCUGAGACGUAUGUGUUGUUACCUCAGGAGCGUGAGCUGGUGCUGAAGCGUAUUGCUGAGGACCGGAGGAGCUUACAGGAGAAGAAGAUCCAGCCGAGCGCCCCCACUGAGACCACGUCCCCCCCUGGCAGCAGCCAAGGCCAGAGGCUGGGGGGUACGGUCCAGACUAGU